AUGUUAAAGUAUACUUACCGGGUCAUUAUUGAUGGCUUUUGCAAAACGGGAAAUGUUACCCGUGGAUACAGUUUUCUAUUGGAGAAUAUUGAAAAGGGAUUUAUUCCAUCACUAACAACAUUUGGACGGGUUUUAAAUUGUCUUUGUGUGGAGCACAAGGUUCAAGAAGCAGUUGGUAUCAUCCACCUUAUGGUACAAAAGGACAUUGUCCCGGAUACUGUGAAUACAAUUUUUGAAGCUGAUAAAAAGGUGGUAGCAGCACCUAAGAUUGUUGUAGAAAAUUUGUUGAAAAAGGGACAUAUAACUUAUCAUGCCUAUGAACUACUAUAUGAUGGUAUUAGAGAUAAAACGAUAUUUAAGAAAAGUAAUCCAAACUGGAAUUCUCUUCAUCGUAAGGCCAGGUUUACUCCCCCAUACAGAAUCCAAAAUGGUUUUUCUUUAGAGAUAUCAGACCAAGUUCUGAAGAUUCAGAAAGUGCUGGCAUCAAGAAGCUGUGAAAACAUGCCUCUUUCUGUAUAA